AUGGAUACAACGAAGCCAAGAAUGAAGAAAGAACAGCAACAAUAUUUAUUAAACUUCUUGAUGAGGAAUCCGGAAACGGUUAACGGAAAUUCUCAGUUGCCGGCUACCAAAAGAUUGUGGACUGAACUGACAGAAGCCCUCAAUGGAAUGGGAAGUGUUCGUAAGACACAGAAAGAUUGGUUAGAGACAUACAAGUUAUUAGCACGCAGGGCGAAGGCUAAGACGCGCACACAGCGUACAUCUAUGCAAAGGACUGGAGGUGGUCCUCCAGCAGAUAUCUGCUUGACAGAACUGGAGAAAAAAACAAUAAAUAUAGAGCAGACAUCAACUAUAUAUGGAUUGCCUGGAGCUGUGGAAGCUAUGUCUUAUUAUGAAGAAAACGACCGAAUAGGUACCCAGGACCACCCAGUUGAUGUUCCGGAUCCUCAUGUUAAACAAAACAUAGUCAUGGUUUUGGAUGAUACUCAAUUGCCAAAGCCCAAGCAGACGUCGAUUUUAGACGCAGUAACAGUUGAUAUACAUUCAGACACUGAAGAAGAGCCCCCGAAGGAAGCGGCUAUAGUGGACGCGUUGACACCGACGGCGAGUCACGAUGGGGCGACUGUCGUCACUUCAAUGGCGACGGACGCGUCAUCAAUACCGACAGCAUCUCGCGUUGGUCGAAUUGCGGUAGACGCGUUGAUGAUGCCAGCGGUAAAUAGGGAUCUGGCGACGAUCAGUUGCAGUCGUGAACACAUCGUGGCCUCAACCCCUGAACAGAGACUGGAGGACGGCGUGGUGCGCAACACUCCGCGCCUUGAGCGCCGCAACGCGCGUCGAGCAACGCCCCGUACGCUCGUGCCGCCAGCCGAUUCAGCCACCCCGCGAGAAUAUGCCAUGAUAGCGGCUUUAAGGGAGGGAGCCCAAGCGCAGAAGGUGCUCGCCAAUGCGCAGACAGAGCCCGCUCGGUAUUUUGGCGAUUGCAUAAUGCGUAGCGGCUACCAUGUUCGUCGAAGCGAUCAAUAA